AUGGAAGGCGAAGAAUACCAUCAACAGCUUGCCAAUGCCUUACAGCUAUCUCUUAAUGCAAAAGACAAUUCUCAGCUUGGUGCUAUUAUCCAACAGCUUAUAGAAAGCAGGACUCAACUCCAAAUCUCAUUUUCUUAUAAAUGCUCAUAUCAUCAAUAUCUAAAUUUACCAGACCAACAGAGUUUGUUUAGUUCAAGAGAAAAUGCGAAUAAUUUGUUAUGCCAAUACAAUCAUAUGUCCUGCACACAAUGCACUCAAGUUUACGUUCGGAAAUGUGUCCUUCAAAAUGGCUUGGAAUCUCCAAUUUAUUGUCCUAUUUGUGAAUCGUACGGUAUCAAAGAGCUAACACCUUUGCUUGUAAGCGAUGAAGUUAAAAAAUUAGCAUUAUCUCAAUAA